AUGGAUGCCGAAAUAUGUAGGAACUUCCUUUUAGUAAAGACGGAUUUUCCCGAUAAAUUGAUUGAUGGGAAAUAUCAAUUUAAAGAUGAUGAACAUUCCAAAAAGUAUUGUGAUAAUGGAAACUGUAAUGGUCCUCUCGAUAAAAUUAAUACUGUAUGUUUAUAUUUGUUUAAUGAAUUCUUUGGGAAUUCUUCCGUGUUUGAGUCUGUUUCAAAAAGUAACGUCAAUAUUGUUGAAUACAUUAUGAUAUGGCUAAAUUAUAUGUUAAACCUAAUGGAACCAUCAGGAUCUACGACAAAUCUAGAAUAUUUUUAUAAAUUAUAUAUAAAUACUGGUGUAAAGUAUAAUGAAGUUAUAAAUGGUGAUAAACCUUACAAUAGUUAUAAGGAUCUUAUAGAUAAAAAUAAUUAUUUUUUAACUAUGGAUAAAAGCAUUAUAAUUAAAUUAUAUAAUGCAUUUAAUAUAUUAUGUAAUAUGUAUAAUGAGUAUAAAGAAGACAAUACAUAUUGCGAAAAAUAUUUAAAUAAAGCUAAAGAAUUUGUUAAAAUAUAUGAUGAUCUUAAUAAAAAUCCUAAUAAUUCUGAUGGUAGUUCAUAUGGACAAGUAUUGUGUACUUUAUCAAAUGAUUAUAAUAAUUUUAAAAAUAAAUGCAAAGAUAUUAAAUGUUCCAACUAUUCGUCCUUUCCAACGAUAGAAAAAAAAAAUAAUAGUCUAAAAUGUUCUGAAAAAACUGCACAAGGUUCUGAAGUUACAUCAUCAAGUUCGUCGAUAGGAAAUACAAUCAUUUCAGUUUUAUCAAUAUUUGGUGCAAUAGCAUUUUUUUUAGGAAUUUCUUAUAAGUAUUCGUUAUUUGGAUUUCGGAAACGAUUUCAAAAACAAAAAUUAAGAGAAAAGCUAAAAAAUAUAAAGAAGAGAAUGAAUCAAUAA